UUCUUCUUUUUAUGUUCUUCAUUGGGAAUUUCCAUAUUAAAUGUUGAUAAAUCUCAAAAAUGUCUUCUAAAUAAUGCUGUCUGCUAACUCGCUUUAGCGAAAGAAAUUAGCUAUUACGACCUUGACCCGGAAGUAACACGAUGGCUGAACAUUUUGAUAAGGAAAGAUUGUUGGCUAAAUUCAAAGAACUUGGGAUUGAAUCUGACACUAUAGAUCAUCCGGAGGUGUUUACUGUCGAGGCUAUGAUGCCAUAUGUCGACCAUCUACCUGGUGCACAUUGCAAAAAUCUGUUCCUGAAGGACAAAAAGAAACAACUUUAUCUCGUGUCCUGUAUUCAUGACCGUGACUUCAAACUUAAUGAUUUGGCCAAAAAGAUUUCAGCAUCUGGAGGUCUGCGAUUUGCUGAUGAGUCAAUACUCUUUGAAAAUUUAGGCGUAAAACAAGGUUGCGUCACAGCAUAUGCAUUAGUUAAUGACAUCAAAGGAAAUGUUAACUUUUAUGUGGAUUCCGAUUUAGUGAAUGAUACUCAUGAAAAGGUGUGGUUCCAUCCAAUAUCUAAUGCUGCUAGUACAGCACUGACACCUAAGGACUUUGUAAAGUUUGUAGAAGCCACGGGACAUAAAAUCAAUACUGUGGAGUUUUAACGAAAAAUUGGACUUAAUCAGAAUGAUCAUACUUAAAGAUUUCAGACCAAAUGGUGGAAGAUAUAAAAAACUGUUUAAACUAGUUGGUACUGUUAUUUUUACAUACAAUUAUUUAUAAUUAUAAUUACUUGUUUUCAAAGAACAUUGAAGCUGAAUGACUAUAAGGUCGUGUCUUAAUGACAAACUUAUAUCUUGUGUCAACUUUAUAACUGUACAUCAUGCAAUGUAUUAGAAAAUAUAUCUAUUCUAAACUAAAUACAUGUAGUUAUGUAUUAUUAACUUGUUUGCCACAGUCCAUAUCAAUUUGAAUCAAAAUAAUGAGCAAUCAAAAGACCACAGUGCAAUGUUAUAUGGAAAAAUGGAUUCAUAUUUAGACACAAAUUGUUUGUAUAUUUCAGAUAAAUCAAUUUUAUAGUCAACAACUCCAUCACUGGUGAUCCGCUUGAUUACGUUUUUCGGUAACAAAAUGUCAGAACGUCGAAGGUACGAUUUUUCUUUUUUCCUUAUUUCACGCGUUGUAGGCAGAAUCCCCAUGAUGUUUUUUCUCACAAGCGUGUAUC